UGUCCUUGAGCAUUAACAGGAAGGGCCAAGUGGAUCAAGGGCCUGUGCUGCAGACUUGGGGGGUUGGUGCUGUGCCCACCAGGGUAGGCAGCAGGCAGGCAUCAUGGGGUGGCCAAUCAGAGGAGGAAGGGACUGCAGAGAAACUGAGUGAUCCUGCUGCAGCUGAGCUGUCCUUGGAGGGUGGAGGCUGAGGGAAGGGGAGGAGGAGAGGGCGGGGAUGGACAUUCCACAGGCUUUUUUAGCCCCUGCCAGAGACAGGGUCAAAGAGAAAGGGAAAGGAGCAAGCCAGGAAGCCAGAUUACAACAAGAGCAUCAAGACACGGCUGUUUCUGUGUGUGAAGAACUUUGCCUGGGAGAUAAAAUUAGACCUAGAGCUUGCUGACAGGGAGCUUGAAGCGUGGGGCAUGGACCGUUCAUUGGGAUGGCAAGGGAAUUCUGUCCCUGAGGACAGGACUGAAGCUGGGAUCAAGCGCUUCCUGGAGGAAACGGAUGAUUCAGAACUGACCAAGUUCGUGAAGGAUUUUCCAGGGAGCGAGAGCUGCUGCCCACCAGAGGCCAAGACCUGGGUGUCCAGGCCUCAAAUCCUGGAGCCAAGGCCCCAUGCUCCAGACCGCUGCGAUGAUGACCUGGAGUUCAGAGCCCCCUCGUGGUCCCAGGCCUCUGACAGCCACCAGCACUUCUGUGCUCCAGCCCCCCUCAGCCCCUCAGCCCGGCCCCGCAGCCCAUGGGGCAAGCUCGAUCCCUAUGACUCCUCUGAGGAUGACAAGGAGUAUGUGGGCUUUGCAACCCUCCCCAACCAGGUCCACCGAAAGUCUGUGAAGAAAGGCUUUGACUUUACCCUCAUGGUGGCAGGAGAGUCUGGCCUGGGUAAAUCCACCCUUGUCAAUAGCCUCUUCCUCACUGAUCUGUACCGGGACCGGAAGCUCCUCAGUGCUGAAGAGCGGAUCAUGCAAACUGUGGAGAUCACCAAGCAUGCGGUGGACAUAGAAGAGAAGGGCGUGAGGCUGCGGCUCACCAUUGUGGACACACCAGGUUUUGGGGAUGCAGUCAACAACACAGAGUGCUGGAAGCCUGUGGCAGAAUACAUCGACCAGCAGUUUGAGCAGUAUUUCCGAGAUGAGAGUGGCCUGAACCGCAAGAACAUCCAAGACAACAGGGUGCACUGCUGCCUGUACUUCAUCUCGCCCUUCGGCCAUGGGCUCCGGCCAUUGGAUGUUGAAUUCAUGAAGGCUCUGCAUCAGAGGGUCAACAUUGUGCCUAUCUUGGCUAAGGCAGACACACUGACACCUCCUGAAGUGGAACACAAGAAACGCAAAAUCCGGGAGGAGAUUGAGCACUUUGGAAUCAAGAUCUACCAGUUCCCAGACUGUGACUCUGAUGAGGAUGAGGACUUCAAAUUACAGGACCAAGCCCUAAAGGAAAGCAUCCCAUUUGCUGUAAUUGGCAGCAAUACUGUGGUAGAGGCCAGAGGGCGGCGAGUUCGGGGCCGGCUCUACCCCUGGGGCAUCGUGGAAGUGGAAAACCCAGGGCACUGCGACUUUGUGAAGCUGAGGACAAUGCUGGUGCGUACCCACAUGCAGGACCUGAAGGAUGUGACACGGGAGACACACUAUGAGAACUACCGGGCACAGUGCAUCCAGAGCAUGACCCGCAUGGUGGUGAAGGAACGGAAUCGCAACAAACUGACUCGAGAGAGUGGUACUGACUUCCCCAUCCCUGCUGGCCCGCUAGGGACAGAUCCAGAAACUGAGAAGCUGAUACGAGAGAAAGAUGAGGAGCUGCGGCGGAUGCAAGAGAUGCUGCACAAAAUCCAAAGACAGAUGAAGGAGACCCAUUAGCUGGCUUUCAGCUCUGGAUAUUUAAAUCUCCUCCUCUUCCUCCUGCCCAUGCCGGACCCUCCCAGCACCAGCUCUGCUCAGGCCCCUGCAGCUACUGCCACUUUGCCUUACAUCCCUGCUGCCUCCCCAGAGACUCAAGAGGAAAUAAAGUUUAACAAAUCUAUAGGUGGCU